CCAACUUGUAACGACUUCAAGACGGAAGAUAUGAAUGCUGUAGUAUUCAUUUUAUUGGUCGUUGUACCGGCACUGUAUGCGGAUCAUGAGAUCCAAAGUAGUCAUUAUCUUGGGAGGUUUAGAGAACAGUCUCCGUUAAACGCGCUACCAAACAUGUUAGGAGGUUUGAUACCAGGUGGUGACCCUAGCAUUUGCGAAGAGAGGGCUUCAGGCAAAGACGUAUACGGAUUGACUAUUGACAGUGAUUAUUGUUUUUCUGGUGACAAUGCGGCUGAUACUUAUGACAUCAAUGGCUAUUCAAAUAGCGUCUGUAGUGGUCGGGCUCGAGAUGUGUAUGCGAAUGUGAAAGUCAGUACAACGUGCCAGCGUGAGAUGUUCGAACUCUCCUGCGAUAAUGGUGGCCAAAUUCAGAUUAUCGAUGGAUUCUAUGGACGUCGCGGAGAUGAUAUUUGUGAAGAUGAUCCUGAAUCGACAGAUUACUGCCACUUUGACGUCACCAAUAUCUUGAAAAAACUGUGUGACGGCCUAACUUAUUGUACAAAAAAUACAGUCAAAAAGAUAUUUGGUGAUCCCUGCGAUCAAGCACCCAAACAUCUUGUCAUUCAAUACUAUUGUAAGUAA